GCCGCUGGCCCGCCGUCUCGACCCGAGCCGAGCCCUUUUUUUCCAGCACCAUCUUAGUUACCUCCCGUAAUAGCGAUAGAGACCGAGCACUUCCGGUUCGACUACAAACACCGCCUAUUAUAGACGUCACUUCCCCCUCCUCGCAGAAUGGGGCCGGGCUACAACCGGAAAUCGGUUUCCGCGCUCUCUGCGCAGAAUUAAAGAAGAGUGGCGGGAGCCGUUGGGAAAACUUGUAGUCAUGGAUAAUAAAAGGCGCAACGGUAGACCUUUCGUGGGUGGCGUUUCCCAGGCCAAACGCAGCAAAACAGCCAGUGAAUGGGAGGACAGUCCUUCACACUUUGAGGAGGAAUUGUCCAUGUUUGAUGACGUAGACAUGGAUUCAGAGGAGAUGGAGGGGCAGGCCGGGCAUGAUGUAAUUCCUGUUGGUGACCUCUUUUCGGCAGACCUCAAACCUCACUGGCGGAGGCCUCAUGCCCCUUCACUGGAUCUAGCCUCUGAUUCUUUGGUUUUUCAACAGAUUGAUCUGGACUAUUACUUAGGAGCGGCUGUGGCAGGCAUGCCCGGUCAGUUACAUGGGAAAGUCCCCAUCAUUCGGAUGUUUGGAGUGACAGACAGCGGAAACAGCGUGUGUUGUCAUGUUCACGGGUUUGCACCCUACUUCUAUGUCCCAGCCCCAAAUGGGUUCACACCGGAUUACUUGGGUGAGUUUAUAAGAGAGCUCAACUCUGCUGUGCUGAAGGAUAUGCGCUCCAACAAAGACACCAUCUCGGUCACCGUGUUGGCUGUGGACAUCACCCGCAAAGAAAAUAUGUACGGUUACCACGGCCAACAAAUCUUGGAUUUCUUGCGGAUAACCAUGGCGAUGCCUCGUCUCAUUGCCCCCGCCAAACGACUGCUGGAACAGGGCUUGAAAUUCGGACCUUUUCCUGUCCAUUGUUUCCAAUCCUUUGAGGCCAACAUAGAUUUUGAAAUAAGAUUCAUGGUGGACAGCAAUGUUGUUGGAUGCUGCUGGAUCGAACUGCCUCCAGGCAAGUACAGAGUCCGUGAAGAAAAGAGUUCAGGGGACACAGAUUCCAAGCAUCCAGGCAAGGAGUCUUUGUGUCAGUAUGAGGUGGAUGUAGCAUGGACUGACUUGAUCAGUCACCCAGCAGAAGGAGACUGGCAGAGGAUCGCACCGCUCCGCGUCCUCAGCUUUGACAUUGAAUGUGCUGGAAGAAAAGGAAUCUUCCCAGAAGCAGACAAAGACCCCGUGAUUCAGAUAGCUUCCAUGGUGCAGCGCCAGGGUGAGACGGAGCCCUUCAUUCGUACAGUCUUCACGCUCCAGUCCUGCGCCAGCAUUGUGGGCUCUCAGAUUUUGUGCUUCACUCAAGAGAGCCAGCUUCUGCAGAGCUGGGCUGAGUUUUUAAGAACAGUGGACGCGGACAUCAUCACCGGAUACAACAUCCAAAACUUUGACUUUCCCUACUUGCUCAACAGGGCUGCUGCUUUAAAGGCCGAUCUGUUUCCAUAUUUGGGCCGUGUGAGAGGGAUCAAGUCAGUGUUGCGAGACCUCAAUUUCCAGAGCAAGCAGAUGGGCCGCAGAGAGAACAAAAUCAUCAACAUGGAGGGCCGUGUUCAGUUUGAUCUACUCCAGGUUCUCCUCAGAGACUACAAACUGCGCUCCUACACGCUGAAUGCUGUGAGUUUCCACUUUCUGCAAGAACAGAAGGAGGAUGUACAGCACUCCAUCAUCACCGAUCUUCAGAACGGCAACGAACAAACGCGGCGACGUUUGGCCGUCUAUUGCCUGAAAGACUCCUAUCUGCCGCUGCGGCUGCUGCAGAAGUUGAUGUGCGUGAUCAAUUACAUGGAGAUGGCCAGAGUGACCGGCGUGCCUCUCACCUACCUGUUGUCCAGAGGGCAACAGAUCAAAGUUGUCUCCCAGCUACUGCGACAGGCAGCCAAACAGGAUCUGGUGAUGCCUGUUGUGAAGUCGCAGGGAGGAGAAGAUUACACUGGUGCCACUGUUAUUGAGCCAGAGAAAGGCUAUUACAGCGUUCCCAUCGCCACGUUAGAUUUUUCAUCCUUGUAUCCGUCCAUUAUGAUGGCUCACAAUCUGUGUUACACCACCCUGCUGCAGAAAGGUGCCGUGGAAAAACUGGGGUUGUCACCAGCGGACUUCAUCAAGACACCCACUGGUGAUCAGUUUGUAACAAGUUCUGUGAGGAAAGGGCUCCUACCUCAGAUCCUGGAGAACCUGCUUUCGGCCAGAAAGAGAGCGAAGGCGGAGCUCAAAAACGAAACUGACCCUUUUAAGAAGCAGGUGUUGGAUGGCCGACAGCUGGCCCUCAAAAUCAGUGCAAACUCUGUCUAUGGCUUCACGGGGGCUCAGGUGGGCAAGCUGCCCUGCCUGGAGAUCUCCCAGAGUGUGACUGGGUUCGGAAGACAGAUGAUUGAGAAAACAAAACACUUGGUAGAGUCCAAGUACAUAAUUUCCAAUGGUUACCAAGGCGAUGCCAAGGUCAUCUAUGGAGACACGGACUCUGUCAUGGUAAAGCUCGGUGUUGCCACGGUGCAGGAGGCCAUGAGCGUUGGAAAAGAGGCCGCAGAGUGGGUGUCAUCCCAUUUUGUAGCCCCCAUCAAACUGGAGUUUGAGAAGGUGUACUUCCCUUACUUGCUGAUCAACAAGAAACGCUACGCCGGCCUCUAUUUCUCCUCCAACGCAGAUGUUCAUGAUAAGAUGGACUGUAAAGGCAUUGAAACAGUCCGCAGAGACAACUGUCCCCUGGUGGCCAAUCUUAUUAACACUUGCCUGCAGAAAAUCCUCAUAGACAGGGAUCCCCAGGGUGCAGUGGCACACGCCAAAGAGGUGAUCUCUGACCUGCUGUGCAACCGCAUCGACAUCAGCCAGCUGGUCAUCACCAAGGAGCUGACGCGCACGGCCCAGGAGUACGCUGGCAGGCAGGCGCACGUGGAGCUGGCUGAGAGGAUGAAGAAGAGAGACGCAGGCAGUGCUCCUAACCUGGGAGACCGAGUUCCUUAUGUGAUUGUGAAGGCCGCCAAAGGAGCAGCGGCAUACAUGAAGUCAGAGGAUCCCAUCUAUGUGCUGGAAAACAACAUCCCCAUCGACACGCAACACUACCUGGACCAGCAGCUAUCCAAGCCCCUGCUGAGAAUAUUUGAGCCCAUUCUGGGGGAGAGCAAGGCAGAGAACGUCCUCCUCAAGGGCGACCACACGCGAUGUAAGACCGUGUUAACGUCAAAGGUCGGAGGCCUCAUGGCGUUUGCUCAGAAGAGGAACACUUGUAUUGGCUGCAAAGCUGUGCUCAAGACAGAUGCUGCUGUGUGUGAUUACUGUAAGAAGAAGGAGUCUGAACUGUACCAAAAAGAGAUUUUCCAUUUGAACACUCUGGAGGAACGUUUUUCUCGACUGUGGACUCAGUGUCAGCGUUGUCAAGGUUCCCUCCAUGAAGAUGUCCUCUGUACCAGCCGCGACUGCCCCAUCUUCUACAUGAGGAAGAAGGUUCAAAAAGAUCUGGACGAUCAGAGCAAGCUGGUGUCUCGGUUUGGAUGGUGAGACGAUAUGCUUCAGUUCACAUACUUCUGGACUUGUCAAACUGUUAUUUUUGUGGGUGUUUGUAAAAAUGCAUAUUUGUUUGUAUUUUGUUAAAUGAAUAAAAUGACAUGAAAUCUUUUUUCAA